AUGGGACGCCCAGGAUUACCUACCGACAGAAAGCUUCUAACCGGAAACCUCCUAAUGCAGCUCAACUUUACAAGUUUCGAACUGGAAAACGACUGCUCCAAGGACUACGUGGAUAUCCUCAGUGGAUCGCACGUCAGGUCGCCCAGCAUCGACAAAUAUUGUGGUGCCAGGAGACCCCCUCUGCUUCGGGGCAGGCAAUUCGUAGUCAACUUUCACUCGGAUGGCGAUGGUGCUGCCGCGGGAUUCAACUUUACCGUGUCUCUCGCGGGACUGUCUUGUGGAGGUUUCAUUCACAUACAAAGCCUGGUUGCGAUACGAACACCCAGGUACCCAUCAGCCUACCCAGCCAACACCGAAUGCGAGUGGGUGCUUGGCGGUCAAAGGGGCCAUCGUGUCAACAUCACAUUUAGAGGUCGCUUCGAUAUUCAGCAAUCUGCAGGCUGUGCCAGGGACUAUAUUCAGAUUUUCAACGACGUAGACGGAUCUUGGACGUCCCCCGUGAAGUACUGUGGCUUGACUAACCCGCCAACGUUUCUGAGCACUUCCCAUAGAGCUAGGCUCCUUUUUCGUUCCGAUGCAAGCAUUCAGGGUGAUGGAUUCGAAGCUAUCGCUGCCUUAGCUUGCGGAGACAAUUACACGGAUCCCAUGGGAGACAUCACAUCACCACGCUAUCCGAAUGAGUACGGAGGGAACCUCAACUGCGACUACAUCAUCGUCGUUCCACAAGGAUCCCACGUCGAAAUUGCAUUUGAUCCACAGUUCGACAUCGAACAACGGGAAGACUGCCGUUACGAUAGCCUCACAUUGUACGAGGGACCGACGGACAGUUCUCGUCAGCUCCUACGUACCUGUGGGAAGGAGGCUCCUGGUAACAUUACGGUGUCUUCAUCCGUCCUCGUCCGCUUCAAGACCGACUGGAGCGUCGCUGGCAAGGGAUUUGCCUUGUCCUACCGGGUGUUCAGAAAUACGUUUUUCUUGCAGCCUGUGGUGGCAACCUCACUGGACCCAUUGGUACCUUUGGAACUGAGCCGAAUAGCUUUCAAAGUGAAUGUGUGUGGUACAUUUCUGUGGAUCCAGGUCAUGCCGUCGAAAUACGGUGCGGUGCGUUCAGUUGCUAAGGAAAGCGAGGAAAGCAACGAAGGCAUCAACCCAAGCUGGGCUGAAGACAUGCAGGACUUAGAACGAACCUUCCCUCAGCCAACACGCCAGACACAGGCAGAUGGAGGCAAUGCAGCCGUGCGGGAUGCCCUGUGUGGCCUGCACAGCAGCCCAUCUGCGUUAAGGAGCUCGCAUUGA